AAAACCACCACCACCACCACCACCACAAACGCCUCUAAGCACCACCGCAACGCAUCUUCUUCGCUAAGAUUUUUUCGUUGUUUUCAAUUAAUAUCACUAGCUUUUGCAUGGCAGUGAGCUUGUUGGCGCAUGUGGUAUCCGACCUCUGUCUCGGCAAGCCAGCCCUGAGGUCCUUGACCGUCUCCGCCACCGUCGCUGACGCCUUGGCCGCCUUGAAAAACUCCGACGAAAACUUCAUCAGCGUAUGGGACUGUGUCCACCACUCCGCCAAGGCUGGAUUUGGUGACGACCACGGCGCCGGCAGCGUUGGCGACGAGUGCCGUUGCGUUGGCAAGCUGUGCAUGGUGGACGUGAUAUGCUAUCUUUGCAAGGAUGAGAACCUGUUGUCUCCGUCUGCUGCUCUCAAGGCACCUGUCUCUUCGGUCUUGCCAAAGAUUCCAGGACUCGUGAUUCAUGUGGAACCAUCUUUGAGCUUACUAGAAGCCAUUGAUCUCAUCCUUCAAGGAGCCCAGAACCUUGUGGUACCAAUACAAACAAAACCAAGCAGCUAUUCAAGAAGAAAACAGCUCCAAAAGCCCUCAACCACCGGCCCUACCAUCCACAACGGCCAUGAAUUCUGCUGGCUAACUCAAGAGGACGUGAUCCGGUUCCUCCUCAGCUCCAUCGGCCUGUUCUCCCCAAUCCCGGCGCUAUCCAUCGACAGUCUCGGCAUUAUCACCAACGACAUCUUGGCCAUCGAGUAUCACUCCCCUGCCUCUUCGGCUGUUAAAGCUAUAUCGCGCUCCCUCGCAGAGCAAACUUCCGUGGCAGUGGUCGACAGCGACGGAUGCCUGAUCGGCGAGAUCUCACCCUUCACCCUCGCCUGCUGCGACGAGACGGUGGCAGCAGCCAUCGCCACCCUGUCCUGCGGCGACCUCAUGGCCUACGUGGACUGCGGAGGACCCCCGGAGGACCUUGUCAGGGUCGUGAAGGCCAGGUUGAAGGAAAAGAACUUAGAAGGCAUGUUGGAAGAGUUCACCAUUCUGUCUGAUUCGGGAACUUCAUUGUCGUCGCCUUUUUCGUCGGACGAGGAGUCCAUGUUAUCUCCUCCACGGUCAGGGCGGUAUGGCAGGUCAAUGAGUUACUCGGCGAGGAUGGUAAGAAGGGCAGAGGCCAUAGUCUGCCACCCCAAAAGCUCCUUGGUGGCGGUGAUGAUCCAGGCAAUUGCUCACCGCGUGAAUUACGUUUGGGUCAUUGAGGAUGACUGUAGCUUGGUUGGAAUCGUCACCUUUUCUGACAUGUUGAAGGUUUUCCGGGAACAUUUGGACACCAUGGGAUAGGAAGCAAGGUUUUCGUUAAUUAAUCAUCAUGGGGGGCCAAGAAAAAAAAAAAAAAAAAAUGCUGUGAAUAGGUAAACUUUUUUGGGUUUUUAAUUUAAUGGGAAGUGAAGUUGGGUAUGAUCCUUCGUAUCGUGUAUUUUUCUCCAUUUUUUUUUUUUUUUGUAGUGUUUGUUGUCAUGAAAGAGCAGAAAAUCAGGCACCGGCAGAUUUGAUCUUUUUGGCUCCUUGUUAAUUGUUUCCAUUUAUUUGAAGGUUUUAAUUUAAUUAUUAUUAUAUAUUACAU